UUUCCCUGUGUCAUGUGACGGGCUCCGUGGGACUCCGUUUUGGCAACGUACAGAAGCAAGGAGAAGACAUAGACAAGACUGCAUCUGAUAAGGUCCCUAAUGGGAGCAACUAGUCACAGGGAGCAAGAUGGAGACAUCUACAGUGACAACAGAUGGGGCUGUAGUCACAACAGAAUUUGAUUACGGUGACAUCCCAACACCAUGCCACAGUGUUGCUGUCCAAGAAUUUGCUUCCCAUGUUCUACCAACACUUUAUUCUUUGGUGCUCGUAUUUGGCAUGCUGGGCAAUGCACUGGUUGUGCUGAUCCUCAUCAGAUACAAGAAACUCAAGAGCAUGACCGACAUCUACUUGUUGAAUCUGGCCAUCUCUGACUUGCUUUUCGUGGUCUCGCUCCCAUUUUGGGCUUAUUCUGCAGCCCAUGAAUGGAUAUUUGAAGAUGCAAUGUGCAAAAUCCUUUCUGGGAUCUAUGUUGUAGGCUUCUACAGUGGAAGCUUUUUCAUCAUUCUGUUGACCAUUGACCGGUACUUAGCAAUAGUCCACGCAGUUUUUGCACUAAAAGCCAGGACGGUGACCUAUGGCAUUGUCACAAGUGCUGUCACAUGGUGUGUGGCAAUAUUAGCAUCAAUACCCUGGUUGAUCUUUAACAAACUACAACGAGAAAACAACCACUGCAGAUGCACUCUCAGUUUUCCACCUGAAACACAUGUCAACUGGAAUCAGUUUCUGACACUGAAAAUAAACCUGAUUGGCCUGAUCUUCCCCAUGAUUGUGAUGAUCUUCUGCUACACUCAGAUCAUAAUAACCCUGAUGAGAUGCAGAAAUGAUAAAAAGAACAAAGCGGUCAGGCUGAUUUUUAUCAUCAUGAUUAUUUACUUUCUUUUCUGGGCCCCGUACAACAUUGUUCUUCUGCUCCAGACAUUCCAGACAUCAUUUCGUCUUGACAAUUGUUACAGCUAUAGUAAUUUGGGGGUUGCGUUACAAGUGACAGAAACAUUAGCAAUGGCCCAUUGUUGCAUUAACCCUGUGAUCUACGCUUUUGCUGGUGAGAAGUUCCGAAAAUAUACAUGCACUUUUUUCCGAAAGCACAUUGCUCUUCAUUUGUCAAAACACUGCCGUUUUUUGUAUACAGAGCCUCUGGAACGUGCAAGUUCUACAUAUUCCCAUUCCACUGGCGAGCAAGACCUUUCAGCUGCGUUGUAAAGGAUGUCCAAAGAGAAGCAUCAUUCUUAAUUUGGGGGUUGCAGGUUUUUAGACCUCAUUGCACGUGGGACUCUGGAUAGUAUAUAAACAAAGUUUAAACUCUUAUGACAAUACAACAUUAGUAUCAAAGACAAGACUUGAAAUUAACAGACUUUAAUUUCACAAACUGUACAAAAUCAAAUCUCACAUGCAGUUGAACUGCAGACAUUGUAUUCUCAGGGAUUCUGGUAAAAGCAAGGAAAGCAAAUCCUUUAUUCAAGCCAGACAUAUACAUUAUGCACUAUAGUCUUGAAACUUAUUUCAUGUGUGUUUUAAGGCAAGACAUAUGCCACAGGAUUUUUUGACUCAGGGUCCUUCUACACUGUCAUAUAAUCCAGAAUAUCAAGGCAGAUAAUCCAUAUUAUCUGCUUUGAGCUGGAUUAUCUGAGUCUACACUGCCAUAUAAUCCAGUUCAAAGCAGAUAAUCUGAAUUUUAUACAGUCCUAAGGCCCCUUCCACACAGCUGAAUAAAAUUAUACAUUAUCUGCUUUGAACUGGAAUAUAUGGCAGGGUGAACCCAGUUCAAAGUAGAUAUUGUGGGAUUUUGUGCCUUGAUAUUCUGGGUUAUAGGGCUGUGUGGAAGGGUCCUAAGAUUUCCAGAUUUAGUAUAGGCGAUAUACCAAAUGUCCGUGUAUGCUGCUGCUGCUGCUGCUUCCUCUUCUCUAAGCACCUGAACCUUCCCAUCUACCAGAGUAUUUUAUGCAGGUUCAUGCACUGAAUCCUAGUGUUUUAGAUAGAGUAAAGGUAAAGAUAAAGGUUUCCCCUGAAAUUAAGUCUAGUCGUGUCCGACUCUGGGGGUUGGCGCUUAUCUCCAUUUCUAAGCUGAAGAGCCAGCGUUGUCUGUAGACGCCUCCAAGCUCAUGUAGCCGGCAUGACUACAUGGAGCACCGUUACCUUCUCACCAAAGCAGUACCUACUACUCACAUUUGCAUGUUUUCAAACUGCUAGGUUGACAGAAAGUGGGCUAACAGUGAGAGCUCACCUCGCUCCCCGGAUUCAAACUGUUGACUUUUUGGUCAGCAAGUUCAGCAGCUCAGCAGUUUAACCCACUGUGCCACCGGAUAGAUCAGUAAAACUCAAUUAUUUAAAUCAGCAAAGAAUGGUCUUGUUUUAAUCACUGAUUUAAAUCUGUUUCACCAUUGGUAAUAAUAUGUUAUAUAUUUUCUAGGCAGUGGCUUGUACCUGGCCACUGCAGAAAUAUGUACAUUUGCUGAUUUGCUAAAGUACUGAUAACAAUAUGAAGCCGUGCAAGUAUGUACCACAUUGUAUAUAUCUACAUUUUCUAUGUUUAUUCCCUCUUUAUAGAAUAAAAACAAAAUGUCCCCAUAUGUAAGGAUUGAAUAGCUGGCAUAAUGCACUAGGAGGUUCAAUAGGAGAAAUAGGAAAGCCAACCCUGUUGUGGAUAAUUAUUAUUGCUUUGCUGCAUUGCUCUGUUUUGCUUUGUUUGGCCUUGGCCCAGCCCCAUCCAGAGAAAAACCAAAUCUCAGGCAAACAUGAAAUGCAUGAGAAAGAAGCAGGGAAGAAAUAUUGCAGAUAGAAGUGUAAAAAGAGAAGGAGGAAGUCAAGACGAAUUUAAAAAAUACUCUGGGCUGUAAGGAACUUACUCCUGUUCUCAUGCUGACUUCCAGCUCUCUGUUAAAUGAGGCAUUCUCAGAUUUUCUGUCUUCAGACCUACUGAGAAGGCCGAAAAUCUUGUAUACAUUGACAAAAUGACAGCUACAUUUGGCAUUAUUAUUUAGGAAUAACAUGCAUUUUUUUUUUUACUGGUAUCAGAUUUCCCUCAUCCACUUCAGUUUAUAACAAUUGUGCCAUUUCAUGAGGAUAACCAGCGGAUUUCAACUGUGCUCCUCAAUUAAAAUGACAAGAUAUGGUUUAUUUAGAAGAACCUCAACAUAGGGCUGGUGGUCAACUGCACCUCUAUAAUAUAUCCAGGCAGCUGAAACUAUCCUUAUUUCUGUCACUUUUUUCAUAGGUAUAAUAUACUUUAUAAGAGUGCUAAAGUAACACCCCUGUAAAUGUUUCUACACUGGAUUUUGUAGGACCAUGGCUGUGCCAUGAAUGUUCAAUGUGUGGAAAUAUAUCAUACUUUCUGAAUCUGUCAAUUUGUUGACAUCGUGUUUUGUUUUUACAAGAAUAAACUAUGCAUGACCA